AUGCAGAAGGAGCGUCUCCUCCCGGAUCUCAUAAGUUUCAACACGGCGAUGGACACCUGCACUGGAUCACAGCGCUGGGAGGUGGUCCUGCAACUCCUGGAGGACCUUCGGCAACACGGCCUCCGAGCAGACCUCCAUACCGCUACCGCCGCAGCCAGUGCGUGUGCGCACGGUGAGCAGUGGCAACUGGGCCUUUUCCUGGCUGACAUUUGUGCUCAAAGACAUCGGCCAGAUGUGCAGCUGUACAGCACCAAGCUCUUCGUUUGCGAGAAGGGGCUCCAAUGGGAACUCGCUAUACAUCUACUUUCGAAGAUGUUUGCCGACGGCAUAGCAUUGGACUCGAUCUCUUCGAGCAUCGCAAUCCGAGCAUGUGCCACCCGUCGCAGUUGGGACUUGGCAUUGUGGGUGCUCAAUGAGCUCUGUGGCCGUGACAGAGAUCCUGGAGCCAAAGCCUAUCUUGCUGCCGUGGAUGCAUUGGAGGCCAGCAAUGGUCCACCGGCAUCUCCCGAGCUGUUCGAAGAGCUUUGUCGUAAAGAUGUUUGCGGUAUAGAGCAUGUCUCCUGCAUCAUCCGGGCUUUGGGCGCCUUGCCCCUCCUUGAAGAAGGAUCGCAGGUGGCUAAGCAUGCCAGAGCUGUAGAGGAAGAGGAUGAUAUUCCUGCUGCUUUCGAUGAACAAUCGAACGAAGGAAACGAGGCCGGGGAAAAGGGAGCUGCACGGGAAUUCUUCAAGCCGGAGCUGUCGCAGACGCUGCCAUCAGGAGGCAAGCUCCCGACAGCAAGUGUCUCAGCCGGCAGCGCAACAGUCGACAAGAAGACGCUGCCGACGGCCGAGAAGACGGGCACGAGCAGCCGAAGCUCGGUCCCGGUGCAGGACGAGGAUCUCAGAGGCUUCUCCUUGAUCAAGUACCUCCAGGUCUUGGCUUCUCAGAACAGGAAGAAGGCUUGGGUGGACCUCCAGUUUCUGAGGAAUGUCUUGCAGUCAUUCAACAGGAAGCACCUCAAUGAGCGAGAGGAUGUCUUCGGGUACACGUCGCUGGCGCUUGCAAGCAGUGUUGGCCACGAGGGCGUUGUGAAGCUACUGCUGGCCGGAAGCACAGAUCAGAGUCAUGUUGCUGCGGUGCAGGUGCUAGUGCAGCACAAAGUUGCCCUGGACUCCAAGAACAGUGAAGGUUGGACGCCACUCAUGUGGGCCUCCAUGUCUGGGCGUGCUGACGUGGUCGCUGCCCUGCUCGCUGCGCAUGCGGAGGCGAAGUUGAAAGACUCCCAGGGCAUGACCGCAUUGAUGUGGGCUACCCGCCACGGUCAUGUGGAUGUCAUGAGGUUGUUACUGGGUGACGGGCCAGACCUCAGCAUAACGGACUUUGGAGGCCACAGUGUGAUGCACCACGCGCGGCAGCACAAGGCGGCCAGGAAGAUGCUGGAGCGAUUCGAGGCUCUGAAUCGACGCCUGCUCAACUCCGCGAAAUCCGGAGACCUCAACGAAGCGUCCAUGGCGCUUGAGGCUGGCGCCUUUGUGGACACGCUGGAUGCAGACGGCGCUAGUCCCUUGCUUCAUGCUGCGUCCCAGCGCAACCUCUCCAUGGUCCGCCUCCUGACGCGCCACGGAGCUGAUCCGAGCUUGGAGGCCUCUCGGGCAAGUUCUCCCUGGCUUCGAAAUGCAGAGUAUCAGACAUCGAUCCAAGAGGUCCUUCGCGACGCGGUGAAGGCGAACAAGCUUCUGGUAUCCGCUGCCAAGGAGGGAUGGUGGAAGGGCGUCUUCCAGGCCAUCGAACACGGGGCGUGGCUGGAGAUACCAGACGAGUCGCAAAAGACCCCGCUUGGAUGGGCUGCAAGCCAUGGCAGUGUUCAAGCUGUUCGGCAGCUUAUACAGGCUCGCGCAUCUUUAAAUGCCCGCGAGCAGUGUGGCUGGACUCCUAUCCAUUGGGCAGCUCACAGAAAUUGGGCAGAGGUGGCUUCAGUGCUCCAUUACCACAAUGCUGAUGUGCAUGCCAAGGCCUUUUCGGGUGAUACCAUAGUUCAUUUGGCGGCAAAAAGCAAUCAUUGCUUCAGUCUGGUUCUGCUGACUUGCGCAUCGGCUAGUUUGGAUGUCAAGGGCUUUGAAGGGCGGACCCCGCUGCAAGCCACCGCAAUAGGCGGAAAGGUUGCGGCCAUGCUCUGCCUGCUGAAGCUGCGAGCUGAUGCGAGCGUCCGAGGCGAAGGUGGGCGGAGCUUGACGGCGCUGGCAGCACUGCAUAGCCAGCAUGCUCUACUGGAUGCGCUUUUGGAGAAAACCUCAGGCGGUCCUGUGGCUGCACGAAGUGAAAAGGCAUCGAAGAGGAGGCCCAAAGAUCAGGAAGUUUUGGAGAAAGCUGGCGCAAAGUUAGAGAAGGUGGUGGAAUUUCCAGACGCCGAGGAAGCCCCCAGCCAAUCUACCGGCAAGCCGAGGAAAGGCGAGGGCCAUGGCAAAGAUGCAGACAAGGACCAUAGCAAGAAGGAUGGAAGUGAGCGAAAGCCAAGUCCCACGCGAAGCCAUUCAGGAAAGGACCAGCGCAAGGAAGCCAGGGACGACCCUGAAUCAAAAGGCAUCAAGGAGGGCUCACACCUCGAGGUGCCAAAGAGCAGCACCAGGGCGAAGCUUCAGAAGGAGGGGAGCAAAGCUCACCUGGAGCCUACUGAGCCAGCUGAGUCGGUAUCAGCUGUGUCGCAGCAAAGCUGGCGUAGCCGAAAGACCGAUGUCAGUGAAGAUGAGGAGGAAAAGGCCAAGAGGAUCAAAGUACAAAAGCAGCCAGACAUGGCACUGUACGAGCAAGCUGAGGCCUUCAACAAAUCGCUUCCAGCAAAAGUUGAUUUCAGUGUGUCGCAGGCCCUGGCAGAAGUGGACGACGACGGCCGAACUCCGCUAGGGCUGGCGGUGCAGGCCGGCCAUGUGCGCGUGACCUCCCUGCUCUUGGAGAGAAAGGCAUCUUUGGAGGUGGCUGACAAAACAGGCAACACGAUUCUGAUGCUGGCAGCACGAGGUUCGUCUCGUACCACUCUGAUGAUUGUGGAGCACCUCCUGGCGGCACGUGCAGAUGUGCAGGCUCGAAACGACGACAAAUGCACCGCAGCGGACGUUGCCAAGGUGCCGAAGGUGCGGGAACUUCUCAAAAAUCAGAUCGAGCGGCUCCAGGUCGGCAAGAAGCUCAGUCAGUCGCAGAGCCUUCCUGCUUUGAAGGCUCCUGUGCCCGAGAGGAGGAACAGCCGGAAUAGCGAGUCUGAAGAGCCUCCUCCGCAGCCGGCAGCAUUGUUGCCAGGCCUUAAGUUAGCCCGCUUGUCCUGUCAUGGGUGCCAUCUGGAUCAGAGGCGUAGGUCCUUCAUGAACUUUGCGGCCCCGCCGCCGUGGGCAGCCGAGGCCACCCCCUGCGCCCAGCACAGUUUGGCGGACCUUGCUGGGGCGGCAGUGCCCUUCCCCGGUGUUCCUUGGGCACCAGCCUCCCGCAAGGCACCCGUGAACUUUCUGCCGGCCUGGCAGGAGCUACAACUGCAAAAUCAGCAGCUCCCCCAGAAUGCGCCACUUCCCCUUCACCAGCCGGUCGCCUUUCCGGCUCCGCCCGUGCAGGGCCAGGGCAUCCAGAGCAUCCAGAGCCAGGGAGGGAUGAAAUCAGCCAGGAACCCUCCGGCACAGAGCUUCGGCUUCGCCUUUCCGGGUGAGCUCACAGACGAGCAAGAGAAGAAGGAGAAGAAGAGACGUCAGCAGCAGGAGAUGCAGAUGGCCUUAGCCGCGCAGAUCAAGGAGCAGCGAGCUCGCAAGGAGACUGAAAGCAAGUCCGAGGCUCGAGCGGAGGCAGCUCCAAAAGAGGAGCCUGGGCCCUCUGGGCCCUGGGAGGGCAUGGGCAGAUCUGGUCCGCAGCUGGGGCCGAGACAGCGGCGGCCAGAGCCCGAGCCGGACCAGCGAGAGUUAGAGCGUCGCAGACAGCAGCAGGAGCUCCAAAGGGUCUUGGCGGCCCAGGUGGAGGAAGCGAAGCAGCGGAAGGAGGAAGCCAGGCAGCGUCAGAAGGAGGAGGAGGAUCGAGAGGAGCAACGCCUUCGACGUGAGAUUGAAGAAGAGAACCAAAAAGAGCUUCGGAAGGCGGAGAAGCAUGAGGCGAAGAAGGCAUCUCGUGCUCGCGAGGCGGAUACCGAAGCGCGGGAGACCGCAACGGGUCGCUCCACUAGAACCCGGGAGCGAUUCCGUGACGAGCCCUGGCGCGAGUCCCAAUCCGGCAGACUCCGAAAAACCCGGGAUCGGCUCCGGGAGACGCGCCACGGCCGGUCCAGGCGGACCCGCAACGACCGCAACGAUCCUCGAGACUGUCGAGACUGCGAGGCCUCUCCCAGCCGAGACUUCCGCGAGUGGCAGUCGCCGGUGCCAUCCGCAGGCCCAGCAGAUACAGCAGGAACUUGGGCCGGUACGUGCUCUCCGCCACGAAGGAAAGGCGACAGAGAGCGGCGAGAUGGUCGAGAUGGGCGAGAGGAGCUGGGCUUUCAGGGCUUUGUGGAGCAGCAGAGGCUGCUGGCAAGCGAGAUGCAGCGGCAAGUCUUGGAGCUCAGAAACCAGCGAGAUGAGGCACGGGAGCAGGCUCUGAAGGUGAAGGAAGACGCUAUCAACGAUCGUCACCGACACCUCCAGGAGUUGCAGCAGUGCUUGCUGGACCAGCUGCAGAGCAAGCCUGAGCCCAGCAAGGCCUCGCAGGAGAUUGAGAACGAGAAGUUCAAAGAGAAUCCGGUGAACGGGCUCGCCGACGACCUGCCCGAGGUUUGGGAGCAUUCCAUCGCAUCGCAUUCGCGCUUUGUGGCCAUUGAUGCCGGCUUGGCAGUGCUUCAUGGGGCACUCAAGCAGCCCGAGUUGCCCCAUGCAUCUGUUUCGGAGGCUCUAGUUUCACCCCUCGAAGUUUCACACAAAAGGGACAGUCCUGCUGUUCAGUGCCAUGAUUUGAAUGCCCUUAGCUACAAGAAGUCACCGGAGCAGCCAGCUGCAGCUCCGCCGCAUUCUUCUCCGCUUCCUGCCAGUGAACAAGGCAGCUCAACCGGAGGAGCUUCUCCAAACUUCCGGCUUACAGAACAGCUUGACAAGGACAAAGCUGCUGCAUUUCGGAAGGCUUUAGACACUGCGAGCGGUCUUCCUGCAGAUUUGCGCGAUGACUUGUGUGCCCUGUUGGAAGAGUCAGUGGAGACGGUGAUGCCACCGGUGGUGCCAGUGCCCUCGGCUGCCCAAGGCAGUCGUGCUGGCAGACCGCCCGUUGGCAAAAGCGACGUCAAGGGAGAAGGGAUCCCAGGAAUCCCCUUUCCUUCGGGUCCCCAGCGGCCGCACGCAAGUAGAGCUCGCAGCAGCACGCCUGGCACCGCAGAGCUCACCACAGUCACAGCCGGGAGGCGCCACAGUCGGGAGGAGCGGCGAGCUCACAGCGCUGCCGAGGCCUCCCGGCGAGAGGCCAGCGCCUGGAGACGCAGCGACGCUUUGGCAGCCGCUGCUGCUGGCAUCGUUGGGGCGCCCCAACUAGGGGAGGCCAUGUAG